AUUAACAAACGCACGUGCGGUUGUAUUCCGACGUUCAAAAACACGCGAGAAAUUGUGUAAAAUGGGCAAACUAGCAAAGAAAACCACGAUGAAAAGUAAAAUAAAGAAACCUAAAAUAAAAACAUUUAAGAAAGUUAAACCCAGCGGUACAUCACAAGCCAAAAUUACCAAAGGCCUCAAAAACAUAAAGAAACAACACAAAGAAAUAGAAGAUCAUGAGCUCUCCGAGCAAGAAGAAGACAUGAUUACGGACACAGAAAAUAAUGAUGUUGCUUCAGAAGUUGAUGAAGUUGACAACAUCGACACCCAAAAUGAUCAAUCAGACAAUGAAGGAUCUGAUUCUGGUGAUGAAGUACAUGACCACCAGGCUGCUUUAGAACGCCUGAAAGAAACUGACCCAGAAUUCUACAAGUUCUUGCAAGAUAAUGACAAAAAACUGCUGCAGUUUAAUGUGUCUGACUCUGAAGGUGAUUCAGAUGCUGAAAAAGAGGAAGAAGAUGAAGUUCAUCAGCCUGGUGAGCUUGAAGUUGCCAGUGAUGAGAGUGAUUUUGAAGAUGAGGAUGGAGAAGCAUCUUCUAAUAAACAAAUUACUUUAAAAAUGAUUAAAGCUUGGCAACAGGAACUGCAACAACCACAGAAAAACAACAAAACCAUUGUUAUGGUUGCAAAGGCAUUCAACGCCGCAUUGCGCAGCGUUUCCCCGGACGCGGAACGCAAUGGUGCUUACAUAGUUAAAGGCUCUGCUGUGUUUAAUGGAGUUGUACAACUAUGUGUGCUGUAUCUCGGCCCGGCGGUGCGCAGUUUUCUCCAGCUGAAGAAAAGUCAACAAGCGCACAAAAGCAAACGCUUCACAAAGAUAAAAACGGCGAUGAAACAGUAUUUCACCGAUCUGCAUGAUUUGCUGAGCAAUGUGACCAGUGGCAACAUUCUCAACGUGUUGCUUAAACAUCUUCAUUACAUGUCUUCUAUUUUGAUAUCUUUUCCUAGCUGCGGAAAGGCGAUCGUGAAGAAAUUAAUCGCGCUCUGGGCGAGCGCUAGCGAUGAAUCUGUGCGUGUUGUCGCCUUUCUGUGUAUCCUGAGGCUGGUGAACUUGCAGCGUGAGUCUUUGCUGGAUUACGUGCUCAAAACCAUGUACAUUGCUUAUGUGAAGAACGCGAAGUUUGUCAGCGUCAACGCACUACCCAGUAUUAACUUCAUGCGUCGUUCAUUAGUAGAAAUCUACGCUUUGGAUGCAGCUUCGGCCUAUCAACACGUGUUUCUCUAUAUUCGGCAGUUGGCGAUUAAUUUGCGCAAUGCCAUCGUCGAUAAUAAAAAGGAGAAUCUUCAUAUUGUUUAUAACUGGCAGUUUGUUAACAGCUGCAAGUUGUGGGGCAACUUUCUGGGUCAAGCGGCGGGAAAACCGCAGGUACAGGGUUUGAUCUAUCCCUUUGUGCAGGUGUGUUUGGGAACGUUGAAGUUAGUGCCUACUGCGGCGUAUUUUCCACUCCGCUUUCACCUCGUGCAGGUUCUCAUUGAUUUGAGUCGGGACAGCGGCGUAUACAUCCCGGUUCUUCCUUUUCUCACUGAGGUAUUGACCACGUUCGACUUUAACAAGAAACACACGAAGGUUUCGAUGAAACCUUUGUCAUUCACGACUGUCUUGCGAAUGGGUAAGGCGCAAAUGAUGGAGAACGGUUUCAAGGAUGCUAUUAUCGACGCACUCUACGGUUGUCUCUUGGAAUAUCUCUCAGCGCAUUCACAUAGUAUUGCAUUCCCGGAUUUGGCUUUAUUCGCCAAGUGUCAGAUCAAAGUUUUCCUGAAAAAGUGUUCGGUAGCGAAGUACCAGCGGAAGAUGCAGCAAUUACUCGAGAAGAUAGACGCGAAUGUGUCACACAUCGAGUCUGAGCGCGCGAAACUCACGUGCAGCCUCGCCGAGGCGAAGAAAAUCGAAGGGUUUGAAACGCAGAUCAAAAACAGCGGCACGCCACUAAGUACCUUCUUUGAGAGCUGGGAUAAGGUACGCAAUAUUAAGCGUAGCAAACAGGCCACCAACAAUGAGGAAGUGGGCGAUUAUAAUCUACCCAAACUUAAGAAGACGUCGACGAUCGCGAAAGAGCCGAGGAAACAUGUUGACUCCGAUGGGAAAGUUGUGCUGUUUCCUAGUGACAGUGAAGAUGAUGGUGAGGAGGAGAAAGAUUCGCGCCCUAAGCGAGGAAAACGGGCUGGCAGAGGAAAGAAACCGAGCGAAUUUGAGAGAGGAAAGCCGGUAAUUGCAAAUGACGCCGGCGACAUAGUGGAAGAUAUAGUUGAUUGGUAAUUGUUAUUAUAGUUAGAAGUAAGGAAAUUUUGUUUGUAAAGUGAGGUACAACUAUGAUGUGUUGUUGCUACUGGAAUAAAAAGAUUGAAAACAA